UAACAAGGAAAUUUCGUAAGUCUGGUCCGAUAAAAAGGAGGUUGUGUGACGUGUGCAACCAGUCCUCUCAUCAUGAAACCUCAUGAUAGAAAAUAUUCUGCACAAAUUUUUCUAUUUCUAGUAUUUUUACUGUGUCUCCUUGAUAGUAUUGCCUCUGAAAACCUUAUACAGACAAUCAAUGAUACCAUUGGUGCUGAAAACUACACAUAUUACAGAGUAACAGGAGUUGGAAGGCUAAGACUGGAACUCGUUUCAAUGCAAGGUGAUGCUGAUUUAUAUGCAUCUCACAUAACGCUAACACCGACAUAUAAUGAUUAUGAACUUAAAAGCACAACAUGUGGUAUAGACAUAGUGGAUAUCCCUGCAUAUUUACAGAGACCUAUUGGAGUGGCAGUGUAUGGCUAUCCGGUAAAGAGCAAUGAAUCAAUAUACAGUCUUUCAGUUUAUUUUGUAGACCAAUAUGAUGAUGAAGAUUAUUCAUUUCUGGAUUCAAAAUAUCAUCUGACGGAUACAGAUGGUGCAAGUCGUGUUGGAGCAGGACAACGAGAUCAAAAAAGUCAGCAGACCCAUCAACAUACAGAAGAGGAAGAAAAAACAAUUUCAGACUUUGUUUGGACAAUUCUCCUUACUAUUCUUAAAGUUGUUUUUGAAGUUUUACUGUGAAAAUACAUCAAGAUACUAUGAUCAACACCCUCCUACUAUUCAAAUUGUAUGAUACCUCAGGUUACAAAAUUACUAAUAGAAAAUUUCAACUGUUAAGUGUUAUCCAGGCCAAAAUCUGUUGUUCUCUUAUGGUGAUAUUUUAAUGUUCCACUUUUUUGGUAAGGUGUAGAGAUUAUUUUGGUUUAAGCAUUAAUGACUAAUCCUUCAGGUAUCUUUUGUGAUUUUUUUGUCUGAAGUUAUGAAUUUUUCAUUCGUCAAAUUUGCAAUCACGUAUUUGACAUUCUGAUGGGUUAAAACAAUAAACAUACUGGACCUAAGUUUGUGUAAUAACAUAAGUUGUAUAAUGUGUAAACAUGUCUUGUAACUUAGAAAGUAAAACUCAGGAAAGAUUGAUUAUGAAGAAUUGAAAAUAAAAGAAAUGGAAUACAUGUAGAAUAGAUUGAUUUAUGAAAAUAGUCCAGACACUCAUACUGUCUGACCUCUUGUCAAUAUUAGAAUAUAUAGAAUAAAUCUGCCCUAAAAAAAUCCAAACAAACAAAUCAAAAGAAUACAAAUGAAAAGAAAUCCUUAAUUUGUAUCUAAAAUGGAAGAUCUGUAGAUUAAUGAUGUAAAGACAAAAGCUAUGGUCAACAAAAUAACAAAACACUAAAAGUUUCAACAACCUCAUCACAGACCCAAUGUGAUCUCAGCUUUUAUUAAGGUAGAUGGUUACCUAGCUAAUUCAGGUGAUAUUUAAAUAUACUUACAUUUUACAGACUUUAGAAUUUUUAAUACGAUCUCUAAUGUAUGUGAUCUUUUGAUUUCAAGUGCUUCUGAACAUCGAUGGUGUAUCUAUUUGACUCAAGUGAUCUCUAGCUGUGUUGAGAUUGUCUGGAGAUGUUUUUCGACACAGGUGAUCUUUUGUUCUGUGGUGACAUAGGUGAUAUCUUUAUAGUCUAGAUGAUAUCUGUUGAAACCGGUGAUCUCAUUAUAGAGGAUGUGUGUUGACAAAGUUAAUCUCUGAGGAUGAUUAGACUUGAUUAAAACACAAAUACACAUCUAGAAUCUUGAGGCCUUCAAAAACAACAGAAAGAUACACACAACAUACCAAAUUUAUGAUCUCUCAAAUUGAAUGUUGAUUAAUAUUUAAAUAAAAGCAAAUCAAAACAAAUCUUUAGCAGUUUGCUGUAUUUCAUUUGACCAUGUGCCUUAUAUCAGUAUUUCCCAUUCAGUUAAUACAUAUAGUGUUGCUCAUUAUUAAUAGAACAGCUUAUGUUUUCUCCCUGACAAGUGUAUUGCAAUAUGAAUGUUAAUAAUAUAUACAUGUGUACCACAACAUCUUCAUUUAAUGUAAACACAAUAAACGAAAUGAAAUGAUACUAUAAUUUUGCCUACCAAACUUGUAUGCCCUGGAAUUUUAGAAUAAACUUUGUAUCUCCAGGAAUUGGUCCACAUGUGCUCAGCUGUAUUGCUUACUUACAUCAAAUACAUUGUAUAAAUGUUUUUUUGUUAAAUUUGUUUUCAUUUUCAGGUAUGAAAAGUAUGAAAUCUUCCUGUUUCACACUAUAUAUAUAUUACAGCAAAGUGAUCAGCUCUGUAUUAAAGUCUGAAAUAGAUACUAGGUCUGUAUUUGUUUCAGUCAUGAUCUACUGAGAUCUACAUGUGUGAGGGGAACAGAAGUGUGAACUACUGUUCAAUUAUAUAUUUUUGUGAGGUUCAGUUUUGGAGGUGUUAAAAAAAAUACUCUUUUGUUGACACUAGAUUUUAGAUUAGUAGAAAUCUCAAGUUUUUAGCAGUUAACCUGUAGACUAAGUCCCUUCACAAUUAACUUUUAUCAGAUGUUUUUGCUUUGUUAUACUAGUAAGACAUGUCACAAUAUGCUUGACAUGAAAUCUUCAUGUACAUUUAACUGGACUAAAAAAUGGUAGAGGGAAAAGAUGUCAUGUUUUAAGCUUAAAAUAUAUCUUUAUUUUAUUCCACUUUUUUUGGACCUUAUGUUGGAUUUCAAUAAAUGGAUAUUGCCAAUGUUAUUAUUAACAGAAUGAUCUUGAAAUUGAUGGAAAUGUUUUUAAGUGAUAUUUCAAUAAUAAUAGACCUUGUAGUGUUGUAAAAAUGUUGCUUUAUGCUAUUUCAAUAAUAUUUCUGCAGUUUGCAAGUACUUAUAUACUGGUUGAGUAGAGCAGACUCUGGUGUCUAUAUUUUUAUAUGAUAUCAGCACUACUAAUUAACUAUUGUAUAACUAUGUCUGUGUCUUUACCUUUAUUAUAUUAUAGUUUAUAUUCAUUGUUAUAAUCCACGGAUAAAUUUCAAGGGAGCAUAUACACUGGUAAUAGUUGCCUUUUGGUCAUGAAACUUAGUGUAUACAUUGGUCAUACUUUGACAAUAUGUAGUGUACUAAAUGUAGGGGCCACAACCCCUUAAUUAUAGAGAUACAUAAAUUACCCUUUGUUAAAAUUUCAUGUUUGGCGCAUUACUUUAAAUUGCUUCCAUUUAAAGGAAAAAAAUGAAACAUGUAUAUAUUGGUCAUGCUUAGAAAAUAUGCAGUGUAUUAAAAUCAGGGUCUGUAACCCAUUAAUAAGAGAGUGAUUGCCCUUUGCUAAAAUUUGUGUCCAGAGCAGAGCUUUGCUUGCAUAAUGAGACUUGGUGUUUUCCUUGGUCAUAUUAUGAAAAUGUGCAGUGUACAAAAGCUAGGGCCAGCACCUUCGUAAUGAUAGAAGUGUUGUUCUUUGUCAAAAUUUUGUUUCCAGUUUUGUUUUUGGGAUAUUCAUCAGUUUCACUUAUACCCUUGGUUGAUGUGAUCCUCACUCAUCCUCAUCUGUGACUCAAUAUUCUGAUAGCAUUGCAAAAAUAUUCUCUAUACAUGUAAAUCAUGCAGUGUGAUUUAUAUCCACAAUUGUUGUAGGUAUUGUACCUGGAUUAUAUUGUAUUUCUUUAUUGACUGAAAUAUGCUUCAUAUCUAUAAAUUAUUAGAUAGAAGUCUAAAUAUCGAAGUCAUCCAACUUGAUAUUAUUUGCAUGUACAAUAAUAAAUUUCCUAUGCACCUGAGUUGAAGACUUGAGGUGUAUCGGUUAUAAUUAUCAGUGUUGAUUUAAAAAAUCAUAUAUAUAUAUACUCGGUAAAUCAUCAAAAUACCCUGCUAAUAUUUGUACAUGUAGAUGUACUGCAAUGAGAUUGCUGUCAGCGUGAACUUACAUAAACAUAUUGUACCAAACAAUCUAGAUUUUUUGAAAAUUAUGUUCCCUAGGUUGGUAAUGUCAAUAGAAGUUCUUGUUAUACAACCAAUCAAAAAUUGGAUUGUUGUUUUGAUGACUACACGGUCUCCCUCAUCAGACAAUUGACCAGUGUGGAGCGUACAAGCACUGACGUACAUGUAUGUAGUGUACUUUUUUGGUUUUACUUUAAUCCUAUGUACACUAAGGUGGUAAAUAGUGUGAUGAGAUAAUAAACAGAUUACAGAAUUUUAAAAAAAGUCACAAGAUGGUAACAAUGUACUGAAGUCAAUUCUGCUUCGCUUUUGAAUUUUCUUUGUUUACUCGCAGUGCCCGUCCUAAACAAUUUCGUAUACAGGUCUGUUUUACGUAUAAAAUAAAUAAAUAUUUAUGUGUUUUACUCCAUAGAGGUAGAUAACACAUUGGAAGGCAUUAGUGAUGCAACAAAAGCUUUAUUUGAUGAAGAAUGUCUUAGACUGUGUCUGGAAUUGAUUGAAAGGGAGAUAAAAAGUUUCCAUUCCUGGUGGAGAUAUUGCCUUUUCUAUUAUGUGCUUUGUUAACAAUUUUUUCGAAUGUACAUCUAAUUUGUGUUAGUGAAGAGAUUUGUCUCUUUUCCAUAAUACAUAUAUGUACAUACUGUAUAUGAUUAUAUAUGCAGUUAUUAAAGGUGCAUUUGAUAAGUGAUGGAAUUACAAAAUAAUUUAUAAGAAUAAAUUGUAUAGUUUUGUAAACUG